UCAUUGUCUACUCAUAAUAAACUCAUUUAAAUUCACAGCAGAUGACGAUUGGACACCACACAGUUGGACGUACAUUAACGUCUUGGGUGGUUGGAAACUAGAUCUUGAAGAGUACAUAUCGCGCAGCAUCGGCGCAUUAUUUCUUAGUACUCCCUGAUACUGAUACGUCAUUUUAGUGUCCAACACUAGUUAUGACAUCAACUGUAGCAUGGUGUCAGAGGAUGUCAAGAGAAAUCAAGCCAAAGUGUUUCCAUUGGAGAUUCGAAUGGUUAAAAAAAUGAUUUAACUCAGAGGCUUUUAUUGUGACUGUUAACAUCAAUGUCAGCCAAUAAGUUAAUAAAAGAAGUGACCCAAAAAUGCCCGAAAUGUAUAGAAACUGAUUGAAAAUCUAGAGAAUCUUCAGAAAUUGCAUUUAUUCACCAUAAAUGGCAGCCCUUUUUAAGAGGGUGUGCACACUUGUGCAACCACAAUAUCUCAGAUGUGCUCCCCCAAAAAUAUUGAGUUCUAAUUUGGAAAAAAAAAAUGUUAAGAAAUGUUAAUUUUUUGAUUUUUGUCUUUCUGUAAGCAACUAUAUGUACACUGGUGGUUUUUUUUUGUUGAAAAAGAAGGGCAUUUCUAAAAGAGCAAAAACUUUUAAACACUUCUUUUUUUUUUUUUUUUAAGCAUUUUGAAACAUAAUGUUUCGGUGAGAAUGGUUGUGAGUGUCUUAUCAUUGGUGUACGUCUCACUUUUCUAAUUUCCCCAAGCUUAUCAAGCCUCUGCUUACCAUCCCCUCUCCCCCUCCCGUGUCCCUUCUCCCCAUUCCCGCCCUCCUCUUCUUUCCCCUUGAGCCAUGUGUGUGUGUUUGUGCUGAGCGAGGCACGAGAGAGCAAAGUAUGUCGAGUCCCGCCUCGUGCCGGUCAGGGAGGCGCUGACAAGUCUCUCCUCUGCUCGACCGCUGUGCCAUAUCUUAUCUGUCGUAUCUCCCCUGAUGCUGAUGCUGCUUGGCUGGAGGAGGGCGCGAGAAGUAAGGCUUUGGUGCGCGUUGCGUUCAAGGGUGGGGAUUAUGUUUAGUAUUGUAAAGGGGUGCAAGUGCAGGCUGCAGGGGCGUGUGGGCUGGGUCACGCUAGGACUUUAAAAAGACACUUGCUGAGCUUGGUGACCAGUCCAGGGAAAGGAGCUUGAAGCCCCCCUGUUGAAGGUUUUUUUUCUCAUUUUUUCCACCCAACUUUCUUCUCCUUUUUUACACUUGUGGUGCCGGGAGGCAGACAUGCAUACAUUUGUGUGGUCACUUGUGCUACUGCUGCAAGUGCUGCAGCAAUGUGAAGCUCUGCCGGGAAGCUGGCUGCCAGGGGAAUAUUCCAACACGAAGGCCGAUGCGGUGAGGUUCCUCAGCAACUACAACAGCACUGCGGAGGAGGUUUUUUUCUACAGCGUGUCGGCCAGCUGGACCUACAACACCAACUUGACAGAGCACAACUCUCAUCUCCAGGUCAAUGCAUCCUUGGAUGAGCAGGCCUUCACUGAGGCUUGGGGGCUCAAGGCCAAAACCGUCUUCACUAAUGAGGUGCUUGAGACUCUCGACCCCAAAGAUCAGAAACUGAUGUACUUGGUGAUGCUCCUUGGACCUGCUAACCUGCCUCCAGAAGAAAGAAGCGAGUAUAACACCAUUCUCAGCAACAUGGAUAGUAUUUAUUCAACCGCCAAAGUCCAUCCGCAGCCUAACGUCUCCUGGAGCCUCGAACCUCAUCUAACAGAUAUCAUGGCGACGUCGAGGAGCUACAAAAAACUGUUGUACGCUUGGGAGGGCUGGCACAAUGUCUCAGGUGUCCCCCUCAAGCAGCACUACCCCAGGUUUGUCGAGCUUGGGAACAAAGCCUCAAGGGCUGAUGGAUUUACCGACACGGGAGAUGACUGGCGCGCAGUGUACGAAACCAAAAACUUCCAAGAUGUCAUCGAAAAUCUAUACAAAACAAUCCAACCCCUCUAUCAGCACCUCCACGCUUUCGUGCGACGCCGACUCUACAACCAGUACGGCCCCAAAUACAUCAACCUCAAAGGACCGAUCCCCGCUCAUCUGCUCGGAAACAUGUGGGCCCAGACCUGGAACAACAUCUACCGCUUGAUGACACCGUUUCCGGACAAACCCAACAUUGAUGUGACUAAAGAAAUGGUCAAACAAGGCUACGACGCUCAACGUAUGUUCCGCGUCGCAGAGGAGUUCUUCACGUCUCUGAAUCUAUCGGCGAUGCCUCCAGAAUUCUGGAACGGCUCCAUGCUGGAAAAGCCCGAUGAUCGAGAAGUUGUGUGUCACGCGUCUGCCUGGGACUUUUACAACCGCAAAGACUUCCGAAUCAAGCAAUGCACCACUGUGAAAAUGGAGCAGCUCUUUACCGUACACCACGAGAUGGGACACGUGCAAUAUUACCUCCAGUACAAAGACCAACCUGUGGGCUUCCGUCGCGGGGCCAAUCCCGGAUUUCACGAAGCCAUCGGCGACGUUCUGUCUCUGUCUGUUUCCACACCCAAACACCUCCACACCAUUGGAUUACUGGAGUCUGAAACGUCUGACCACGAAUCUGACAUCAACUACCUGUUAAAGAUGGCGCUGGAGAAGAUAGCCUUCCUUCCAUUCGGCUACCUUAUUGACCAAUGGCGUUGGAGCGUAUUUGGGGGUAAAACGCCUCCAGAGCGAUACAACUCGGAAUGGUGGUACCUCAGGACAAAAUAUCAAGGCGUCUGCCCACCUACUAAGCGUAGUGACGACCACUUUGAUGCUGCUGCAAAAUACCACAUACCUGCAAACGUACCAUACAUCAGGUAUUUUGUUAGCUUCAUCUUGCAGUUCCAGUUCCACGAAAAGCUGUGUGAGGCAGCCAAGCACACCGGACCUUUGCACACAUGCGAUAUCUACCGCUCUGCAGAAGCCGGGGCCAUUAUGAAAAAAGUUCUUCAGGCAGGUUCCUCCAAAUCUUGGCCUCUUGUGCUCAAAGAGGCGAUAGGUACUGACAAGUUGGACGCGGGCGCACUGAUGAGAUACUUUGACCCUAUUAUCAAGUGGCUGGAACAACAAAAUGUUGAUGAAGUCUUAGGAUGGCCUGAUUUUGAUUGGGUUCCACCCAUUCCUGAGGGCUAUCCAGAGGAUAUCGAUAAAAACACAGAUGAGCUUGAUGCCAAGAAUCUUCUGGAGGAGUUCAACAGCACAGCUGAAGUGGCGUUCAAUGCAUAUACAGAGGCCUCAUGGGCGUAUAACACUGACAUCAAUGAAGCCAACAAGCAGAUCAUGCUUCAAAAGAGUCUGGAAAUGUCAGCUCACACCUUGAAAUAUGGCUUGCGAGCACGGCAGUUCGAUACGACAGAUUUCCAGGAUGCCACUACCAGGCGCAUCGUUCUAAAACUCAGCGAAAUCGAUAAAGCCGCUCUGCCGCCACAACAGCUUGAAGAGUUCAACACCAUCGUAUCCGACAUGGAGACCAAAUAUAGCGUGGCGGAGGUCUGCAGAGAAAACGGCCAGUGUCACCCACUGGAUCCUGACCUUCAGAAGAUCAUGGCAGAGUCCAGAGAUUAUGACGAGCUGCUAUUUGCCUGGAAAGGUUGGCGAGAUGCUGCAGGCAAAAUACUUCGUUCAGAUUACAAGAGAUACGUUGAACUGUCCAAUGAGGCUGCCGUACUCAAUGGUUACAGUGACAACGGUGCUUCCUGGCGUUCUCUGUAUGAAACUCCGACCUUUGAGGAAGACCUGGAGGUUCUCUGGAAAGAAUUGGAACCGCUCUACUUGAACGUGCACGCCUAUGUCCGCAGGGCUCUGUACAAAAAGUUUGGUCCUAAGCGCAUCAAUUUGAGAGGACCCAUACCUGCUCACUUGCUUGGUAACAUGUGGGCUCAGACGUGGUCUGGUAUCAUGGAUCUGGUCAUGCCUUAUCCAGACGCUACGCAAGUUGAUGCGACGCCAGCCAUGGUCGCACAGGGCUGGGAUGCUAAAAGAAUGUUCCAGGAAUCAGACAGGUUUUUCACCUCUCUGGGGCUUCUGCCUAUGCCAAAAGAGUUCUGGGACAAAUCCAUGAUAGAGAAGCCCACCGACGGCCGACAAGUUGUCUGCCACGCCUCUGCAUGGGACUUUUAUAACAGAAAAGACUUCAGAAUCAAACAGUGUACUGUUAUAACCAUGGACGACUUGAUCACUGUCCACCACGAGAUGGGACACGUUCAGUACUUCCUGCAGUACAAGGAUCAGCCUGUGUCAUUCCGCGAGGGUGCUAACCCCGGCUUCCACGAGGCCAUCGGCGAUGUCCUGGCCUUGUCUGUGUCCACCCCCAAACAUUUGCAUAGCAUUGGCCUCCUGGACAAAGUGGAGAAUAAUCACGAGAGUGACAUCAAUUUCCUGAUGAACAUGGCGCUUGAUAAGAUUGCCUUCUUACCUUUUGGCUACCUGAUGGACCAAUGGAGGUGGAAGGUGUUUGAUGGACGCAUACUAUCAUCUGACUACAAUAAAGAGUGGUGGAACCUGAGACUGAAGUACCAGGGCCUAUGCCCGCCCGUCUCCCGCACCGAGGAUGACUUUGACCCAGGUGCAAAGUUCCACAUCCCCGCUAAUGUUCCCUACGUGAGGUACUUUGUAAGCUUCAUUAUCCAGUUCCAGUUCCACAAGGCUCUUUGUAAUGCUGCCAAGCACGUGGGGCCCCUGCACACAUGUGACAUUUACCAGUCCAAGGAUGCUGGGAAGUUGUUGGGAGACGUGAUGAAGUUGGGCUUCAGCAAGCCCUGGCCCGAAGCCAUGACCAUGAUCACAGGCCAGCCUAAAAUGAGCGCCAAGCCACUCAUGGAAUAUUUCGAACCUCUCAUUAAAUGGCUGGAAGAAGAGAAUGACAAGAACAAGGACAUCCGCGGGUGGCCCGACUACGACUGGAAGCCUUCAACUCCAGCAAAGGAAUCUGAGACUAAUACCAACACUGUGGACUUCCUGGGAAUGAAUGUAGACAGAGCAGCCGCCGUUGCAGGCCAGUGGAUUUUGCUGGUAAUAGGCUUGGUCCUACUGCUCACCAUCAUCUUCAUGGCCUACAGAUACAGGAAGUCAAAAAGGUCUAAAGCGUCAUUGUUGUCAAUGGAGCUUAGGGAAAAACACUAACUGGCAAGUGCAGCUCGCACAGUAACAACCCUGAUGUGGCAAAUGGUGUUUUGUUCUGUACAACGAAUCUGACCACAUUUGCUUUUACAUUAUUUGUAUUGGUCUCCCUACCCAUUACAUGUUGUUGUAUAUUUAUUGUAUACACCAAUUAUAUUUUUGCCUAUGCAAAAGAAAUUGCAAUUUUGUAAUUUAUUUGUAAUAUGUUCACAUGUAGGGAGGAAAUUUAUGUAAAGUUAUUGUUUGUGUAAGCAUUUUCUGAUGUGGUUUCUUGUUUCUACAAUAAAAAAAAA